AUGAAGCAUCAGAGCGAUGCUUCCAAGGCAGAUGGGGCGAAAUCUGUCGAAGCGGCAGACUCCGCGGGGUGUGGGGACAGCUCCAAAGGACCAAAAAGUCCCCGCAUGGAGUCGCAAAGAGAGGAUGGAUCGGUGCAAUCGUUAACUCGUCGGGCUGACUUUUUUGCGUCUCGGGCAAGGCACGCGGAAGCGCUUCCUUUGGUGGACGAGGCUUUGCGGAUAGAGCCCAGCAGACCAGACUUACAUCUUGGGCGCGGGCAGUGCCUCGAACACAUGGAGAAGCUGGAUGAAGCACUGUUGUGCUAUGAGGCAGCUCUCCGACUGGAUACGCAGAGCAUGGCUGCUCAGCGCAACAAGGCGCUCCUGCUAGCUCGGCAGCAGAGGUGGCGAGAAGCUGCAGGCUCUUUCCGCGAGGUUCUUCGACUCGAGCUGGCAUUACCCGUGCAGAAGGAGAUGCGGCUGGAAUUAGCUCGCUGCCUGACAGAGGAUGCCAUACAGCUGAAGGCUGCUGGCCAGCCCAACCUCCACGGUUUCCAUGAGGCCAUCCAGGCCUGUGAGACGUAUGCUCCUGCAUAUUUCCAGCUUGGAGUUCAGUACUCUGAGGCCAAUAACUCUGCAAAAGCCAAAGAGAUGUACGCGAAAGCGGUUCAGCUCCAACCUGGGUACGUGGAGGCAUUGAACAAUCUCGGUGUAGCAUGCAGGGAGCUUGGCGAGUGGGAUCACGCAGUAGAGGCCUACGCUUUAGCGCUGAAGGUCAACCAGAACUGCAGUAAGACCCGGGAAAACAUGGCCAUUGCAUUGCUGCAACUGGGCUGUCGGCACCUGCAGGGAAAGGAGCUAAAACAAGCUUCCAAAGCCCUGAAACAAGGACUGUCCUUCAACUCCAGGAAUGCCGACCUCUAUUUUAACCUGGGCGUGCUCUAUGCUGAAAAAGAGAAGUGGGACCAAGCGAAGGUCAACUACGAGCUCGCGAUUCAUUUUGAUCCAAGACAUGCGAAUGCCCACAACAACCUGGGCGUCAUUCACAGGCGUCUCGGCAACGUCGAGGCAGCCAUGAAGUGCUUCGAGAGCGCGCUCGAGGUGGACAGCAAGAUGAACCUCGCCAACAAGAAUCUCGGGGCCAUCUACGGCUCCAUGGGCCGAAUGGCGGAUGCCAUCUGCCUCACGAGAGUGGCCAUUGAGUCCAGUCGGCAGGACGCAGAGGCCUACAAUAAUUUGGCCCUCCUUCUCCGAGAUCAAUGUGACGUCGACGCUUGUCUCGAGAACCUUGACCUUUGCAUAAGUCUGGAGCCGGAGAACCGGCAUGCAGGCUCCAACCGCCUCAUGUCUCUGAACUACCAGUCCGAAAGACUGCCAGAAGAGGUCUUUGAGGCGCAUCGAAGCUGGGGCAGGUGCCUGGAGCAGAGGGUCGGGCAGGCUUUCUACCGGUGGGACCAUGCACAGAAGGGAACCGCUGCUCCUUUACGUGUGGGCUACGUCUCUCCCGACUUCUACUCGCACUCCGUUUCUUACUUUAUCCACGCAGCGCUCAAGUACCAUGAUCCUGCCUUUGUCGACGUUGUAUGCUACAGUGACGUCGUCCUGGAGGAUGAUAAAACCCGCCACUUCCGCAGCCUCGUUCCUCGAUGGAGGAACAUUUGCGGUCGCAGAGAUGAAGAGGUCGCCAAGCUCAUCUGGGAAGAUGGCAUCGACAUUCUCGUAGACUUGACUGGCCACACCGGCAACAACAGGCUUGGUGUGUUUGCCUGCAAACCUGCUCCGGUCUGCAUCACAUGGUUGGGCUACCCUCACACGACUGGGCUGUCUCGGAUGGACUACAGAAUCUCCGAUGAGCACGCCGACCCGAAGGACGCGCCCGGCCUGACCACAGAGAAGCUCCUCUACUUGCCGGAGUGCUUCCUGUGUUACACACCUCCGGAGUCGGCGCCUCCGGUGCUCUUGAAGCCGGCUCAGGAGAGCUACGGCUGCGUGACCUUCGGCUGCUUCAACAACUUGGCCAAGGUGAGCACGUUGACCAUCAGACUCUGGAGCAAAGUCCUGCAUGAGGUGCCGGAUGCCAGACUCUUCGUCAAAUCGAAGGCUCUCGCAUGUCCCAAAGUCCAAGAGAAGAUGCGGAGAGCUUUUGCAAUGCAUGGCAUCGCAGCUGCUCGCUUGGAUCUGACAGGAUUGCAACCUCAAACGGGAAGUCACCUGCACAUGUACAGCUUCAUUGAUGUGGCUCUGGAUACGGCGCCGUAUGCUGGAACCACCACGACAUGUGAGGCUCUGUACAUGGGGGUGCCUGUGGUGACUCUGAAGGGUCGAGGCAUCCAUGCACAGAAUGUCGGGGCUUCCUUGCUUUCGGCCGUCCAGCUCAGUGACCUGGUCACAGAGACAGAAGAGGAGUUCGUCAAGCAGGCGGGUGCAUGUGCUCGAAAUGUCGCCCGGCUCGCAGCUUUGCGAGCUGGGCUGCGAACGCGCAUGCAGAGGUCGGUCCUAUGUGACGGUCCGAGACAUGUGGCACGGCUUGAAAGGCUCUAUGCCACGGUGAUGUCAGACUGCAACGCCAGAAACCGGCCUGGAUGGAUGGAGGAGACGUCUGCCGUCGCGGGUCUCUCUGCAGAGGUGCAAUAA